GGAAUUAUCAAUAAUGGCUGCCCAUGGGGAGGAUUUCUUUGGUGAAGAUGAUUUUGAUGCAAUCUUGGCUGUUAUUGAUGAAGAUUUAUUAGAGAAAAAUCGUGAUUUAACUAAAGAAUUAUCCGAAAUUUUUGAAGAAAUAGUUGACGACCCUUCUGAAAGCUGUUUUUCCUGUGAUAUAUGCUCCAAAACAUGCAAAACACAACGGGGACUCACACAAGACACCGAAAUGCGAAACAUCGUCAGCCACAAAACCAGUUAAAUGACGACAGCCUCACUACUGCUGAAACCAAGCUCCAUCCGUUAUACUUUAAGAAGUACACCCAAUUAAGUGCAAGUAAACUUUCUAAAGAUGAAUGCUAUAGUGAGAAGACCAGAAAUGAAUUUGUCAAUUAUGUUAUUACAAACAACGAUACAAACUUUUCCUAUAGUUUUGUCAGAGAUGUGAUUGGUAGUUUUAAAGGCGAUGCUGAAAAGUUUUAUCCGGCCUUCUAUAAAUCUGUGUAUGAAAAUAUUGUUUUCAGAAAUUUAUCAAAUCGAAGCUCUAUUCUCCUUGGUUUUGAAGUGGCUAAUCACGUACUUGCUCAUCUCACUAAUUCAACUGUAAAAGAAAACACUGUAGAAUUUUCUUCCCAUGUGAAUUUUUCACUCAAAGAAAGAAACAUAAUUAAAUAUCUAAGUGGUUAUGUAUUUAGUACCCUAUAUCGUCGCAUUAGGAGAUCAAAAAAAUCAAGAAGUAUGCUUGGAGUUCAAAGUUUGGACAUCUUAUUAGCUGGAAAGUCAUGUCUUGUGGAAGACGAUAAAAAUUCUGAUUUAGUAAAUAUGAAGGACAGAGGAGGGUUAUGGUCAGUAACCGAUGAUGUUUUCAGAAUUUUUUGUUGUGCAGAACUUGAAGUUCGUGCUAAUUUUCACCAUACAAUUGAUAGUAAGAAAAUUGUUUCAGACCUGCUUGAGUACCCUGUUGUGCUUUGUAAUUACAACAAAAUAACAUCACACUCAACCGAAAAAGUCACAAAAGAAUUAGCAAUGAACUUACUUGAGCAUCUCAUCAUGCUUUAUGUUCGUGUUCGUGUUUUUUCAUUUGUGAAAGAUAAAUGUGAGCUGCACAAAAUUGCAUCAAAACAGAAAAAAGCUCGAUCUCUACGCACUGAAAUCAAGAAAUCUUCAAGCAAUCUUUCAGAUGGACAUUGACACUAAGAGUCCAGAACAGUGACUAUAAACCUGUUACAACUGCUAUUUUUAUAGCAACAAAUUUUAAAACAAUAUUAUUUUGGCACAUGGUAUAAUAAAUAAUUAUGGAAGUCUACAAAAAGGUCCAGGAACAAGAUGUAAUCCACAGUCUAAGUCAUCAAGGAAUAACUUUGAAAUAUGGUUCCGGGUGAUAUAACUUCCAUCAUUCCACAUACUUCUGGAACAUCUUUCUGCAAGAGAAUUACUCAGGCAAUUGCGGGCUGUUUUAAUUAAGUGUGGUGGAUCUGAGAUAAAGUAGAUGUACCGUUCCUCAUCCGCCAUAACAUUCAAAGUGCGGUAUGUUACGUCCACUCCUGCAUUAAUGUCAGCUACACGGGUCAUGUUUAGGUGCAUAUGGUACAUUCGUCGGUUUGGAGAUGCUCCAUCACUUGUGACACCAACAACUUUUAUGUCACAUUUUUCCUCCAGUAUGCCAACCGCUUUCCAAAAGAGAGGAAACAAUUGAAUUGAUGUGACAUUGGUAGUAGCAAAAUUUGCAAAUGAAAAUUUUAAAGGAUUUACAAUGUUUCUCACAAGAAAAACUAAGACAUGAGAUGCAAUUUCAUCAACCUUUUUCAACAACAUAAUUUAGAUCAAUAUCACCAAGGUCAACAAAACCGAUAAGAUCACCAUUAUGCUUAUCCCACACAAGACUUUCUUGAAUUUUCAUUUCAUCCAUUAAUAAUAUUGCAUAUUUCUCAUGUGGUUGGAAUUUGGAGACCAUAUUACACAAUUCCUGGAUAACGUCUUUGUUAAAACCUUGCUUUGGACGAAUAUAGUUCUUAUAGUCCCUUAAACGACGUCUACUAGGGAGUACCAAGAAACCACUGUCUUUCUUAUCGUCAACACGAAUCUCAUCAUAAAAGGCAGGGAAUUUUGCAGCUAAACCCAAGCAGUAAGGAAUGAUCAUAGGAUGAUAGCGAACACCAGUUUUCGAUGAUGAUAAAUAUUUCUGCUGCUCUUCCCAAAAAAAUUUCAUGAAUGGUGGUAUCUUGCGAUUAGUUGUUGACAUAAUUUUUAUGAAAUCAUUACCAAGAUUUCUUUGGACUGGAACUGCACAAGUGGAAAUUUCAUCUUGCAUUUUCUUUAACUCUUCCUUUAAUUCUUUAUUUUCCAACCUUGUUAAAUAUGUGAUUGUAAUAAGUUUUAGUGAUUGAGAAUAAAUGUCGUGUUUAGCAGGAACAGACCAUAAUAAAACACGAACAGUAAAAACAAGAUUAUCAUCAACAUAUAUCUCAUACUUUGGAACUGAGUGGAUAGCAUCAUGACAGGCAAAAGAAGCACAAUCACUUGUAUAGGUAAAACUCCAACCGACUAAUUUCAAUAACUGAGUUUUAGAAAUAAAAUCAGUAGCUAAAUGACUUGUACUGAUCAGUAAUGACAUUUUCCACUGGUUCAAUUUUUUUCUGCAAAAUUGAUUGUGCUGAUUGACGAGGCUUAGAAGAUGUGGAGGAUGAAGGAAAACUUUUGAUAGGAAGGUUUAUUGUGGGGAUAGCACCGAGAACAAGUGUGGUUCUGCUAGAGUGGUUACGAUUCAUUUGAUCUUCGCUAAAGUGCUUUUCACAAAUAUAUAUUUUCUUUCUUUGAAUUCUAUCCCUUAGAGCAUGAUCAACUUCCCUAUCUCUAUCACAACAUCAACUAACUUUUCUCUCCACGACUUUUCAAAUUGAUUCUCACCAGCAGGAACUUUAAAAAUAGAUAGACCUUUAUAUUUAGCCCUUCGUGAAACUGUGCAACCGUAUAUAGAGCAAUUUUCGCCAGGCAUGUUGAAAAUAAUUCUGUUUAAAUGUUUGUUAAUCCUAUGUUGUUUACAGUAACUAACCACUUAAAUGCGCCAUUUUUCAACACGAGCGUGCAGUCAAAGCACUGGGUACGAGGUAUAUUCUGCUAACAAAAACAUAAACAAUAGAGCCGCGCGAUUCACCAGACUAUCUCUUUUUUUUUCUUAUGACUAUGUAAAAAGGAACUCAUGAAAACGUGUCUUAUAUGAACAAAAUAUUUUCUGUACUGCCGAAGCAUCUAAAAAGUAUACAUCUACAUCACAUUCGUCACACGUGGCUUUAAGAGUCACGUGUUAAAAAUACAUAAAUAAUUAACAACUGCAGCUUUAUUGACAUUAAAUUGAAACAUUAUAGUUUAUCUCCAAUAGAUGAACCAAACCUAAUACCACAGACAUGGUCACACUAUAUAAUUUUCAUGUUUGAUAUUGUUCUUACUGCUAUUUACUUAGUCGUUGUAUGUAUGAGAUAACAUAAAUUGUAUAAUAUAUGAGAUUCAGUUGUUUUAGAAAA